UAUUUAUUCUACUGUAGGGACCCAGGCUAGGCUCGUCUGACGCAGAUCGCUUUCCUCCGGUCAGUCCACAAGGAGUCCUCACGAAUUCACCUGCAAACAUGUCAAAAGAUGUCCCCCGUGAACCGGAGCAGCUCCGCAAGCUGUUCAUCGGAGGUUUGAGCUUCGAGACCACAGACGAAAGCCUGCGGGCUCAUUUUGAGCAAUGGGGGAGCCUCACAGACUGUGUGGUCAUGAGGGAUCCCAACACAAAGAGAUCCAGGGGCUUUGGCUUUGUUACAUACUCAUCAGUGGAUGAAGUCGAUGCUGCCAUGUCUGCCCGCCCCCACAAGGUUGAUGGAAGAGUUGUUGAACCUAAACGAGCAGUUUCCAGGGAGGACUCCAACCGGCCAGGUGCCCACGUAACCGUGAAAAAAAUCUUCGUUGGGGGCAUCAAGGAGGAUACAGAAGAGUCCCACUUGCGAGAUUACUUCACACAAUUUGGCAAGAUCGAGGUCAUUGACAUCAUGACUGACCGCACUACUGGAAAGAAGAGGGGCUUUGCCUUUGUGACCUUUGAUGAUCACGAUUCAGUCGACAGGAUUGUCAUCCAGAAAUACCACACAAUAAACUCUCACAACUGUGAGGUGAGGAAGGCUCUUACAAGGCAGGAAAUGCAGACUACAGGAAUGGGCCGCAGCAGCGGUGGGAGGCCCUAUGAGUACGACCGAGGCUUCAAUCAGGGAGGUGGCGGUGGAGGUGGCGGUAGGGGUAGAUACGGAGACAGUCCCUACAAUUGCAAUGGAGGUGAUGGCGGUAACGGAGGCGGCGGCGGCGGUGGCUAUGGAGGUGGUCCCAGCGGUCCUGGAGGAUAUAACAAUGGUGGCAACCGAGGCUAUAACCAAGGUUACAACCAGGGUGGUGGUGGUGGAGGUGGCGGCUAUGGCGGAAAUGGCUACGACAGCAAUGGCUAUGGUAACUGUGGUGGUGGGGGUGGAGGCGGCGGAAAUAACUACAACAACAUGGGCCACUAUGACUCCCAGGCCUCCAAUUUUGGCCCAAUGAAGAACAACUUUGGUGGUGGAGGAGGCAACGGUGGAGUUGGCAGGAGCUUUGGUGGUGGUGGCGGAGGAGGAGGCGGCGGCGGCUAUGGAGGCGGCGGCUCAAACAACGGUGGAUAUGGCCGUUCAGGACGAUUUUGAAAUGUGAAGUGGACUGAGUACUUAGGAGAGGAGAGCGAGGAGAGCAAGCGAAUUGACAGGGCAGCUGCAGGUUUACCUCCUAAAUCUGCUCAGCCAAACAGUUGUGGCAGGUUACAGCUGCUGCAAGAAGAGAUGUACAGUAGAUAAAUCAUGGAGGGUCUUCAUUUAAACGUUUUGUGUUUUUUCAUCGACUGUGUUUUUUGGAAAGCAAGCAUUCCUAAUGACGUUUUUAUGUAGAUUUUUUUUCUUUGUUUUUUUUUUUUCUUUAAAGUCUGGUUUUAUUUGUAUCUGCAUCCAAUCAAGCUGAAAUAAACCAUCUUUCAGUUUUUUUACAAAGUCUUGUUAGCCUCUUGAGUGGUUUGGGAAAGGGAGGGUUCACUAUUAGAUACUGCACAUUGUGGGAUGAGGGACAUAUUAAAUAAUGUGAGCAGCCAAAAAAAAAAUCCAUGUGAUGUGAGAAGCCCUGCGCUACUCCCCAGUUACAUCAUGAGUAAGUGUAUUUACAGUACUGGUUGAGGAAUGAGAAGUGGUGCACAAAUACUUCCACCAUAAAGAGCCCACCACUUGGUACAGACUACCCUGAGUUCUGCAAAGAUCAACUGGAGGAUGCUAGCUUACAUGCAAAGUCUUUGAGGCUAGUCAUGGAAGCCAGCUGAGGGAGAGAAGUAGCAAAACCAUCGCCAGGAUCAUUGAAGCAGGGAAGAGUGAGAAAAGAAGCCUGAGGCUAGCAGGCAGCAGCUUCCAAAAGGCUUAAGUGCUUUCUGUAGGUAAGACCAGACUUCUCAAUUACUGAUAGUAUGUCUUGCUUAUUUCAUGUAGCUGGUAGUAAGUUAUGUAGCCCAGUAAUGACAUAACAUUUGUGCAAACAAGUUUUUAUUAUGACUUACACCACUGUUGACUGGUAAAAUUGACCUCUUAACUGUGCACAGAGGCCCUACAACAUAUUGCAUGCUCUAAACAAAAAUGUUUAUUUUUUGUGAAAGGCUGCCUUUACUUAUUUGGUGUUUCUGC